GCUGUGAGGAGGAGGACAAAGUUCACAGCAGAGUCUUUCUGAUUGGCUGAAGGAGCCAUGAAAGACAGCAGGUGUUUACAUAUAGAGCUGGUUGGACUAGCACCUGUCUCCUCCUCUCAUUCAGCAGCUCUACAGCACAGGCCUCUAGCAGCAGCUUAUUCAUCUUCACCAUCAUGAGUCCAAGAAACAUAAUUUUUAAGAAGACUUGCAAAGACAAGUCGGUGGGAGUGUUCAUGGGGAAGAGAGACUUUGUGGACCGCGUCGAUUCUGUGGAUCCAGUGGAUGGCGUUGUCCUCAUUGAUCCUGAGGCUCUGGCUGGGAGGAAAGUGUUUGUCACCCUGUCUUGCAUCUUUCGCUACGGCCGAGAUGACAUGGAUGUGAUGGGAAUAGCCUUCCGCAGGGAGCUGUUCCUGUCCACCAGCCAAGUAUAUCCACCCCUGCAGGACCGUGAGAAGGGAAUCCACACCAGGGUGCAGGCAAAGCUUCUGCGCAAACUAGGAAGCAAUGCCUACCCAUUCUUCUUCGAGUUUCCGGACAAUCUGCCUUGCUCAGUGGCUCUCCAACCAGCACCCCAUGAUGUUGGGAAGCAAUGUGCAGUGGAGUUCGAGAUUAAGGCAUUCAGUGCUGAGAGCCAGGAUGCAAAAGUGCGCAAACGGAGCACAGUAAAGCUAAUGCUCAGGAAGGUACAGUACGCUCCAGACUCACAGGGAGUCCCACCUACAGUUGAAACCACCAAGGACUUUGUCAUGUCUGACAAACCGCUGCAUGUUAAGGCCACACUGGAUAAAGAGCUUUACUAUCAUGGUGAGACAAUCCAUGUUGACGUCAACAUCACAAACAACUCUAACAAAACCAUCAAGAACGUCAUUCUUUCAGUUGACCAGGUUGCCACAGUGGUGUUGUUCUCCAAUGACAGCUACAUCAAAUGUGUGGACAUUGAGGAUUCUGGAGAUUCUGUGUCCGCCGGAGCGACGCUGCAGAAAGUCUACAAGUUGCUGCCGCUGCUGGCCAACAACAGGGAGAGGAGGGGCAUUGCUCUGGAUGGCAAACUGAAGCAUGAAGAUACCAACCUGGCCUCAUCCAGCAUCAUUAAGGAAGGACUUCAGAAGGAAGUUCUUGGAAUCAUGGUGUCAUACAAAGUUAUGGUGAAGCUCAUCGUUGGAGGGAUGAUGGGAUCUAGUGAGGUCGGCCUGGAGGUUCCCUUUAGACUGAUGCAUCCCAAACCAGACGCAGUCAAGGAGAGUGAGAUGGAGGACGAGCUUGUGUUCCAGGAAUUCAAGCGCUCCUACCUGAAGGGGAUCAUUGGAGCUGGUGAUGAUGAUGAUGAGGAAGGCAACGUGUCGGGCGGGGAUGACAUGGGGCCAAAAGAGAAGUAGAGGACAGAUGGCAGAGGGGUGGUUCUAGAAAAGGUCCUUUAAUGAAGGGCUGUUUAGAUGUUAUUUGUUGAGUGAAAAGUACUUCAGUUCCUAAAGGUUUUAUUACAGAAGAGCAUAAACACACUUUUAUUAAAACCAUGUCUCAGUUCUGCAAAUUUUAUAGGUGUAACAAAAAAUUAACUCUGCCAAAGAUUAUAUGGUAAAUGGCAUGUACUUACAUAGCGCCUUUUUCAAGUCAGGAGACUUGACCAAAGCGCUUUACACUACAUUCAUUCACCCAUUCACUCACACACUGAUGAUGGCAAGCUACAUUGUAGCCACAACUGCCCUGGGGCUCACUGACAGAAGCGGGGCUGCCGUACACUGGCGUCACCGGCCCCUCUGACCACCAUCAGUAGACACUGCAGGUGAAGUGUCUUGCCCAAGGACACAACAACAAUGACAGUCAGAGCCAGGGCUUGGCCUUCAUUUUCAGGGCAAACUCCUACAUCCAACGCCACUGUCGCCCUACUUAAAUGAAAAAAACUUUGAGGAACUUAAUGUCAAGCACAUAUUCAUGCAAGACACAAAAACAAUCAUCUUUGUGGUGAAUUGUUAGAGGAUAGGUGGAAGUUGAGAAGAAAAGAACCCCAAACAUUUUGCAUUUUAUCUUUAAACAAUAAAUCUACCCAUUUAAGUUCAAUUCUGAAAAAAACAGCCCACAGGUAAAGAUGAAUUCCCCAACAUUUGGAAACUUCGGUCAACAUCCUGACUGGAGAUGUUGAUUUAAAGGCAUGUUACGACAAAUCCACCCAGCCUAUUGGAGAACCUGAUAAUGCUGUCUGAUGUUUCUCCUAAGACUCCUCUGUUUACACAAAUUGUCUGAUGCUCUGGUGCCGCCUGACUGUAGUGGUGACUUUGCACUGGCGCUUCGUCCUGGGUGGUUACAUUUGUUUGUAUUCUAGCCAGUAGAUUGCCUGGCGACCUGUGAAGGGUGUACCCCGCUUCUUACCCGUAGACAGCUGGAGAGGCACCAGCAAUACUCGCAACCCGCUUGGGAUGUCAAUAUAUGCCAGUAAACAAAGAGUGUGACAGAAAAUGGAUGGAUGGAUGGAUAGCCAAUAGAUUGUCCACUCAAGCAAACAUCGAUGGGGUUUGACUAAUUUUAUCCAAAGUGGAACCCCAACAUGGGUAAAAAUACAGAGAGCUCCCACCUGAAGUCCUUCUUUUUAAUGCACACCAAAGCUAAAUUGUUCUUUAACUCUCUCUACUCUAACUUCAAUUUCCUAUCUGUGUGUUCCAAAGUAUUUUUAGUGUUUUUGCUACCAUUAGCAAUUUGAUUCAUCAGCAGUCAGGAUUUAAUGUGAUUCAAACAGCUACAGUCUUUUUUUUUUUUUUUUUCAUUUAGGCGAUCUUUUAAAGCUCACCUGCAUGUUCUUCCUGCAGCUCAGUUUUUAGUAGCCAUAGAAACGUUGGUGUUGAGAGCUGCAGCUUCAUAAGGCUAAGACGCCUUGUCCUGUGAUUGAACAAUAAAAGCUGUUGGACUCUU